AUGGCGACGCCGACGCCAACCAAAAGCAUGUCUUCGAGACUUCUAACUAUGAAGUUCAUGCAAAGAGCUGCUGCUUCGCCCUCAUCCCCAUCCCCCGCCGCGUCAACUCCAGACUCCCAAUCCUCAAAGCGACGUAAGGUGUCGCACGACUCUGCGAAACGUGAUAAAACCGAAGCGCUGGUACAUAUAGAUCAAGCCGCGAUACAAGCCGCCAUUGCUGAGGGAGAGAAAAAGCGCCAGGAAGCCCUGGUACAACAUGCUGCCGAGUUGGGAGAUGCGCAUUGGGUACUUGACGUGCCAGAAAAGACAACAAAUUCUAACCGUGGAAUACAAACACCUUUGAAUGUAGUUCAAGUUGGCUUUGCACAGAUUGAUUCCCAUAUUGAUACCCCUGAUGCUGCUGGCUCUGGUGACUUUGAAUCAACUGACGCCUCGGAGGUAAGAACCUCCGCGGUUAGACGGUACAAUAUGGAUAAGAAAAAGGUGUCGAAGGACAGCGAGUCUGAAAGUGAUGAUUCUAGCUCCGGGUCAGAUUCUGACGAUUCUUCGGAAGAUGGUAAUGGGCGAGGCCGACAAUCUUAUGGGCAAAGGUCAGAUUCACGAUCGGGGUCAUCUCGUCCGACCUUGAAAAAUAAGAGAAGCGCCGAACAGAUCAAAGCUAAGCAGUUUGCUGAGAAACGGAGAAAGAAGGAGGUCAAGUUGAAUAGUGUUAAGGCAUCUCCUGCCUCCGGUGGCCCAUUAUCAAUCUCGGGAGGCGGCACUCCACAGCGACAGCCCAUGAACUUCACAUGUCAUCGCUGCGGCAAGCCGGGGCAUAAAAUUGCACAGUGCAAGAAUACCCCCAAGCGAUCAAACUAAAAGUCCACGCAUGAUAUCCCCUCGCAAGCAUUAUAUAGAAUGGUAUGUGCUAGCCCUUCGUUUUUAGAUGUGACUUCACUCUCAGGGCUAAGGCAAGUACAUCGGAGGCAUCGCUACCUGAGCGGUUUUGCUCUUUACUAUAAAAUUCCUAGUGUCAACACGUUCUCUAGACGUGGCAACUCUAUCGAAUCGGAUAGAUCUACUGA